AUGGCCGGCUUUGUCAACCGCGAGAACCGCGUUCCCUACUACCAGCGCCUCUUCCAGAAGCACGACGGCGUCAGGCAGUGGCAGAAGACCUCCCGCAGCAGGGCCAUCCUCCUCCCCUACCACGCCAUGCUCUGGGGUGGCUUCGCCGCUAGCAUGUACAUGAUGUGCCGCCAGGUUCUGGGCAAGAAGACUUGGUACUAA